AUGGCUUUAGAUACUCGAUCUGCUUACUCGCUUAGUGUUCUGCCUGCUCAUCCUGAUGAAGCCUCCGAACCGCGUACGGAGUUGCAAGGGAAACUCAGGGAGUUCAUCCUCGCCUUCCAGAUUGACGGCACAUACAUCUACCGCGAUCAGAUUCGGGAGAACGUCCUGGUCAAGCAAUACUUCUGUGACGUGGACUUGGGCCAUUUAAUAUCUUACAAUGAAGAGCUUGCGCAUCGACUGACCAACGAUCCAUCGGAAACCAUUCCACUGUUCGAAGCCGCGUUGAAACAAUGCUCACAAAGAAUCGUCUUCCCACAUACUACCGAUGUCGAUCUUCCACAACACCAACUCCUUCUUCACUCCUCUGUUGACCAUAUCUCCAUCCGCGACCUCAAUGCGACGAACGUUUCGCAUUUAGUCCGCAUACCAGGCAUCGUCAUCGGGGCAUCAACGCUCUCGUCAAAAGCCACAUUGCUCCACAUCCAAUGUCGCAACUGCGAACAUGUUCAGAAGAUUUCUGUGGAGGGCGGCUUUACAGGUAUAACACUACCAAGGACAUGUGGAAGAAUCAAGAACCCCGGCACAGAGUCUGGCGAUCCAUGCCCAAUGGACCCUUACUUUGUUGUCCAUGAGGAUUCCCAAUUCAUAGACCAGCAGAUUCUGAAGCUGCAGGAGGCUCCAGACCAGGUUCCAGUCGGUGAACUCCCAAGGCACAUCCUUGUCUCAGCGGAUCGCUAUUUGACGAAUCGCGUGGUUCCGGGUUCGAGGUGUACAAUAAUGGGUGUCUUCUCGAUUUAUCAACAAAACAAAGGCUCCAAGAAAGAUGCUAUUGCCAUCCGGAAUCCAUAUCUUCGUGCCGUUGGCUUAUCAACGGACGUCGAUCACUCUGCAAGUGGUGCUAGCUUUUCAGAUGAAGAAAUCCAGGAAUUUGAGGAAAUGGCUCGGUCACCAGACUUGUACGAUCGCUUCGCCCGUUGCAUUGCCCCAUCAAUUUAUGGGAAUGCGGAUAUCAAGAAAGCCAUCGCAUGCCUUUUGAUGGGAGGCUCCAAGAAGAUACUCCCUGACGGUAUGAAACUUCGAGGGGAUAUCAACGUGCUCCUGCUUGGUGAUCCCGGUACGGCGAAGUCCCAACUUCUUAAGUUCGUCGAGAAAGUCUCUCCUAUUGCAAUCUACACUUCUGGCAAAGGUUCAUCAGCUGCAGGUCUAACGGCGUCUGUGCAACGCGAUACACAGACAAGGGAAUUCUAUCUGGAAGGCGGUGCCAUGGUUCUUGCGGAUGGCGGUGUCGUCUGUAUAGAUGAAUUCGACAAGAUGCGGGACGAAGAUCGUGUAGCAAUCCAUGAAGCCAUGGAACAGCAAACGAUUUCGAUCGCCAAAGCUGGCAUCACCACCAUCCUCAACGCACGAACAUCGGUUCUUGCGGCUGCAAAUCCUAUUUUCGGUCGGUAUGAUGACCUCAAAUCUCCUGGCGAGAACAUCGACUUCCAGACCACCAUUCUCUCUCGUUUUGACAUGAUAUUCAUUGUUCGAGAUGAUCACGAUCGAAAUCGUGACGAAACCAUCGCCAAACACGUUAUGGGCAUUCACAUGGGUAACCAAGGCGUCGAAGAGCAACCGGAGGCUGAGAUUUCUGUUGAGAAGAUGAAGAGAUACAUUAGCUUCUGCAAGUCACGAUGUGCACCUCGCCUCUCUGCUGCUGCGGCAGAAAAAUUAUCGUCACACUUUGUCUCCAUUCGUGACCGUGUCGCCCGUGCUGAACGGAACAGCAAUGUUCGGUCCUCGAUUCCCAUUACCGUUCGUCAGCUUGAGGCCAUCAUUCGUAUCACAGAGUCACUUGCAAAGUUGACACUUUCGCCGGUGGCCGAGGAACACCAUGUGGACGAGGCGAUUCGUCUCUUCCUCGCAAGUACUAUGGAUGCUGUCUCGCAGGGUGAAGGCGCAGGUGGGAUGAGCGCGAAUCGAGAACUCAUGGACGAAGUAGGCAAGGUAGAAGAAGAGCUCCGACGGCGCCUCCCCAUCGGCUGGAGCACAAGCCUGGCCACGCUACGGCGCGAAUUCGUCCAGGGACGAGGGUACAGCGAGGCAGCAUUGGCAAGAGCACUACAUGUUCUACAGCGCAGAGAAACCGUGAGACUAAGAAGUGGCGGUAGCCAAGUGUACAGGAGUGGUGUGUAA